GGCGAUGGCCGGAUUGGGACAAGCGGGCGCUAGACUAAAUUAGUCGCGUCGGUCACGGGCCGUGUUGGUCGGCGCGCAGCCAAUCAUCGGCCUAGAUUGCAGGCUUUCUCCACCCUAGUUUAUAUACAGAACGAAGUCGACAAUCACGAAUGCGCUUCCUCCGAUAACGCCAUUUGCCAAGCAGAGCCGGCGUGUGAGGCCAGAGCCUACCAGAUGGACCCGCUGGAUUUGCUUGCACGCAACUUGGCUACAGUCAAGCAUUGUUCUCGUGCUGUUUCCAUGUAAAAGUGGGAACGGGUCUGAAUCAACGUUGCAUUGAGCACCGCUUCCGCAUCCGGUUGGGGUUGCGGUGGCUUCAUGAAAACCCGAUCACGUCAUUUUGCCCGGUCGAUGAGGGCGAAGAGUUUCUUUUUAUCUAUAACGGAAGUGGCUCGCUGGUGGGCACGAUGGGUGUGUGUGUGUGUGCCGUACAGCGAGUCCUCGCCGCGAAAACCGUGGCCAGAACGCCCUCGACGUGUGCUGAAGGUUCAUCGAAUCCAGUGACAAAGGUCACCGUCAUCCAGCAUCGAUGGUACUAUCUGCAGUCUCUCGAAAGUUCUCGAGGGCAACGGAAGACCCCUUGGAUGCUCCCUCACCCGUCACGGACAAGGACAGCGACCGGAUAUCCAAUGCGGACAAGAAGUUGGCGUCGGUGGACGAGCGAUCGUCCAGCGAUGAGGAACACGUGAAGAAACUCAGCGAGACAGAUGCGAUAGAGCAGCAGACGGAAGAGGAUCCAGAGAUCGCAGCGCUACCCCGUGAGGUCCGACAGCUGGUCAGUCUCACCGAUGAUCCGACCUUACCCACGAUUACCUUCCGAUAUUUCCUCCUGUCGAUCAUCUUCAUCGUUCCCGGGGCUUUUCUGUCUCAGAUGAGCCACUUUCGUACCACGCAGGCACCGUAUUCGAUCUUCUUCGUCCAGAUUGCAACCCAUUACGUCGGAAAUUUCUUUGCACGGGUGUUUCCAGCCUGGGAGAUUCGUGUGCCAUUCACAAAGUGGUCCUUCAACCUCAACCCAGCGCCGUGGAGUGCCAAAGAACAUGUGCUGGUUACGUUGACCGCGGCGUCGGGCGCCACGUAUAACCUGGGCUAUACUCCCAUUGCACUGGCGGAGCUCUUCUACGGUGAAAGGCUCAAUCCGGCCGUUGCCAUCUUCUUCAUGUUCGCCAUUGUGUGGGUUGGGUACGCAUUUGCAGCCAUCGCGCGCCAGCUGCUCCUCUACGAUCCCACAUACGUCUGGCCACAGGCCCUCAUGCAGACCACUCUCUUCGAGACCUUUCGGAAGCAAGAUGUGUCGUCGCCCCUUGCCCGGCGUCAGCUCAAAAUCUUCUUCUUUUCCCUGGUGGGAAUGACCUUAUGGCAAUUCCUCCCCGAAUAUGUGUUUCCUUUCACUUCUUCCCUGGCGUUCCUGUGCUGGGUCGCUCCCCACAACCCCGUAGCCAACUUCAUUGGCUCAGGUCUCGGGGGAAUGGGCUUUCUCAACUUAACUUUCGAUUGGUCGAACAUCAACUGGAAUGGCUCGUCGAUUCUACUGACACCCUGGUGGACACAGGUCAUUUUGUUCCUGGCGUAUGUCGUGAGCUGUUGGGUUCUCCUUCCAGCUGCCAAGUGGGGGAAUCUGGGCUCAUACAAGCACGGCCUGAUGUCGAACUCGCUAUUCAUGGCCAACGGCACCAAGUAUCCGGUCCUCGACGUUUUGACCCCCGACUUUCGUUUGAAUCAAACCGCGUACGAAGAACACGGUCUCAUGUACAUGGGGCUUCACAAUGCCUGGGCUACAUUCUUCGACUAUGCCAAGGUGACCGCGGCGGUUACCUGGAUCGCUACAUUCGGGUACUACCAGCUGAAAUCGAAUCUGAAGAAGGCCAUUGCGUCCCGUCGGAAGUCGGAAAAGGCUAAAGGCCAAAACAUCAACUAUCAAUAUCAUGAUCGUCUCAACGUGCUGCAGAGGCAGUACAAGGAGGUGCCACUAUGGUGGUACGUAGCCCUUUUCCUGGCUGGGUUUAUCAUCCUUCUUGUGGCCACCGCAUGCGGAUACCUUUGGAUCCCCGUCUGGACGCUGUUCGUCGGUCUGGCCACGGCCGGGGUUUUCGUCCUCCCCUUUGGUUGGCUGUACGCAAUCUCCAACUAUCAGCUCGCGGUGGGAACAUUCAACGAGAUGCUGUACGGGUAUAUGGUCCACACGAAAGCAGGCGCGUCGCAUCGCCACCCCUGUGGACCUUCUACCUACGGAGCGAUCGCUGGCGACGCUUGGUAUCGGGCCCAGUACAUGCUUCAAGAUCAGAAGAUCGGACAUUAUAUGCAUAUUCCCCCGCGAACGGUCUUUUUCUCUCAAAUCUUUGGGACUGUCCUCGGGAUUCCAGUGAAUUACGGUGUGAUUCGCUGGGUCUUGAACACGAAGGGCAACAUCCUCAAGGGGGUCGAGAAGGAUCCGCUGAACCAGUGGACCGGUCAAUCCAUCAUAGGUUCCAAUACUCUCGGAGUGCAAUAUGCUGUCAUUGGACCACGGAAGAUGUUUGAGAACCCUGAACUGAGGGUUCUCCCGUACUCUUUCGUCGUGGGAGCCGUGAUCCCCCCCAUGCUGUACAUCCUCCACCGCUGCUUCCCACGAUUGCGAGUGGACUUGUGGAACGUCACUAUCUUUUUCUCUGGUUUAUCGGUCUUCUACGGUAAUAUCAGCACCGGAUAUACAUCGGCCAUCAUCGGAGGAUACGUGGUUAUGUACUGGGCUUAUCGACGUCGGUUCGAGACCUGGAAACGGUACAGCUACAUGGUUGCCGCUGCCUUCGAUGCCGGCUUCAAUCUGAACAUGUUGUUGAUCUUCCUGUUCUUUGGCUCCGGGAAGCAAAUCAAGAUGCCCAACUGGUGGGGCAAUAAUGCGGACUCAGUCGAGCGGUGCUUCGCAUUGUGAACCAGGCAACGCAGCGUUCCUCAUACGAAUUGUGUAUAAAGCAUACCUGUGUGUACAUAGCUCUCAUCUCUAUAACGAACUACCAGUCUACUCCCUUAGCGUAUCUGUUUUGAAACACUCAUAGUUCUUGUUACAUGUGCAUAAUCUGGUAAGACUCGGUCCUUUGUCGGUUCCAUAAAUCCGGCUGUUUGGAUAUGUAGUCAUCUCAGCACGGGGAUACAGGGGCUAACAGUUGGACGACAGACCUUUUCACUGAGUUUACCUUACUGUACUCUUGCACACAUGCUUGUGGGCUGUGAAGUUCUAUUCGGCUUCGAAUAACAAGGACUUGGGAAUGGCCUCAACCUGACGAACGUGGUUC